UCAGCCAUUCACAUUGACGCACCUCCAAUUCAUAGGGCGCCAGCUAUGGUUGGAGGCUAUCCAUAUGGCCCUGUUCAACCUUCGCGUGGAGACGAUGGUUGCUGCUCAGUUUGGUCCAGGUUUUUCAUGGUUGUCUUCUGCCUGCUGGCUUGCUUGAUGAUCGCUACAGCGGCUUUGUUACACUUCGCACCAGAAGAGAUGCGCGAUGCUCGUGGGUGGGCUACAAUGAACUACCAGACUCACUUGCAGCCGCAUGUGGAGGGCAUGGGCCAGCAUGCAGAAGCUGCCGGGCAGUGGGCACAUGGUGCAUAUCAGCAGCACCUGAAGGGGCACUUCAAUGCUGCAGGACAGUGGGUGGAGGAUACCUACCAGCAGCAUUUGCAAGGCCACGUGGAAGCAGCAGGGGGGCAUCUUAGCACCGCGGGCAACUGGGCCCAUAACGUGUACCAGCAGCACUUGCAGGGGCAUGUGGAUGCGGCCCAUUCCUGGGCAUCCGACGCCUACCAAACGCACCUGGCACCUCAUGUGAACGCAGUUCAUGGGUACUGGUCUGGAAAACAGCACGAUCAGAUUCAGCUUCCCUACGACUGCACCUACACAAGUGAAUGGAUGACAAAGUGGUCCGAUGCUCAUCAAGAAUGGUGUUGUGAGCAUCAUGACACUGGGUGUCCUUCCACAACGGUCACGACAACGAAGGGGAAGCAUUAUAUGUGGAUCUCGGUGCCCGUCCACCCGUCCAAGUACGAUUGUGCUGCUGGAGUGCAGAAGUGGCAGACAGGCUGGUCACACGGCAAGAAGGAAUGGUGCUGUAGCAACAAAGGGAUUGGCUGUGAGCACGGAGCUGGCGACAGCUUUGAUUGUGUUGCCGGAGGCGCCAACUCGGAGGAGGGCUGGUCCGACCGCAAGAAACUAUGGUGCUGUCUCCAUGAAGACCGUGGGUGCCCGAAAGCUAAGGCAGUGGCCGAAGUCUACAACUGCGAUGCUGGUUAUGAGAAUUGGCGCGAGGGUUGGUCAAUGUCUAAGAAGGAAUGGUGCUGCGAGAACCAUCAACGUGGUUGCCAAGGGGAUGACAUGGAGCACUUUGACUGCCGAAAGGAUUUAAAGAAUUGGCACCACUUUUGGUCUGGGCCAAAAAAGGCCUACUGCUGCAAGACCUACACUCUGGGUUGUCCUACUGGGUCUCCGGUCACGGCAGAAGCUCCAGUGGUCACUGAAGCUGCACCGGUGGUGACCGAAGCAGCUCCAGUGACAGUGAUACAUCACGUGGUGCAUCACGUGGUAGAACACGUGGUGCAGCAAGUUCCAGUGGUUGAACAGCAAGUUCCACUGGUUGAACAGCAAGUGCCAAUGGUUGAACAGCAAGUUCCAGUGGUUGAAACCACGGACGCAGCUGCUUAUGACUGUGAUGCUGGGCGCUCCAAUUGGAAGAGCGGCUGGUCUGAUGACAAGAAGGGUUGGUGUUGUAGCAACAGAAACGUGGGCUGCAGCUACGAUUGCCAGGAGGGUGCCAUGACAACCUAUCAGGAGAAAUCUUGGUGCUGUUGGCACCACCAAGUAGGUUGUGAUGAUGAGCACCACUCCUACGAUUGCUCCGCAGGCUUUGCGAAUUGGAGAGCCGGUUGGUCGGAGGGCAAGAAGUCUUGGUGCUGCGAUCACUACUCCAGAGGAUGUCAGUGAAGGAUUUGAGGUGAACAAAAUCAGGUCGCCUCAUGGGUGAGCGCAUUCCCAAACCUCGGGGAUGCAAUUGAAAUAAUGUGAUGCUUCAUUUUCCCGAUCGAACGUGGCUGCAGCCUGGCAGAGUGAAAGCCUUUGCAGCUGGCCAUGUUGCCGACAGAUGAGCUAUCCAUUGCGCACAAUGGCGCGCUAAAAGCGCAAUGAAGGGAUCAAGUCUUGCUAGUUGCAUAUCAUAUAGCAACGGUGUAGAUACCCCUGUUU